CUAGCACCCUGCAUACUCCAAUAUGAACCACGACGUACACCACCCAGGCCUUGCCUCCCACCAGGUCUCACAAGAGAGUGCUCGUCCCAGUAGCAAAACCCCGGGCCUUCUCUCCCAGCUUCGCAAUCUCAGUAGCGGUUCAGGAACUCUCGGAAGCCUAUUCAACUCCAAUACUGUGACCCCUCAGCCCACCCCCACGAUCGUCACGGCCCUCCCAGCGUUUUCUUCGCUGCAGUUCUACGAAGGUGAGGGGGCCGACAUGCACGCCUCUUCUCGUUCCAUCUCCGGCUUUGUCAAAGGCGGCAAUCGCGCGAGUGUCUUGCUUGAUGGCGGAACGACUCCGACACCAACGCGUCCAUCCACUCCCCACCGACGUUUUCCAGGCGUCAAGACUCUAUUGUCUGGCCUCGCAUCGCGGGCUGCGCGUUCGACGCAACCUGUCUACAUCAACGUGAAGCAGACUCAGGUACAUACUGAGGAGAUGGCCCAGACGGCGGAUAUGCUAGACCACGGGCAGGUUUUGGAAAUCACCAUCCCUGACGACAUCGCUAGUCUCUCGGAUGAGUUUAAUCAUCUCAACCUUCGCCUGGACACCGGUUCUCGCGUUGAUUCCCUCGAGCCUUCGUUAACCCCGUCCACUUCUUACGACUCGUCUGAACUAGACGAAACCCCUCCGCUUACACCUGAAUCCAUGACUUCGGACAUUUCCAUCGUACCGCGCGAAGUCGAGCUUCUCGACGCCUACUACGGCGACUUUGAAGAGGACCUUGCCGACUGUGGGUUCCAUAACCUGGAGGAGAUCGUCGAGGAAGCGUCGUAUAUGCAUCGGCACUCCAUGGAAAUCAAAGAAGGGAAAAAGCCGGAGCGUGCAGUGAACUACGAACCUUUGGUAGAAGACCUCGAAUCCCCCAAUCUCGACUCCAGCGUCUCAGAGAAUCCUGUCGUAGAAGCUCACCCUGCUGACGCUUCUGAGUGGUAUGGGCUUGAAUAUGCACUCGAGCUCAGCAAACGGGAGCGGCGUGCAUCGGAGGUCCCUGCUGCCUCUGAUUCGUCUAUAGGGGAAUAUUCCAAGAGUCGUGAAUCCUGGGCUGCUAUCCAUCAAGGCAGCAUCCAUCCUUUCCUAGAAGAAGAAGAAUAUCAUCAGUGGCAGAACUGGCACCAUUAUCUCGAGCGCCAGGGCCAAAAGAGACUCCAUCGACUAGGCCGAGCGUUUAAAGCUCAGGCGAAUGACCUUGCCUGGAUAUAUGCGGACCAAAUCCGUGCAAUGGACCUGAUGGCUUGGCAAAAGGAGACUUAUGGCCGAGUCGACAAAGGCUUGCUGACGCAGUUCAAGCGACUGAAGCAGCAGAGACCGGCAAGUAGAAUCGCACUUGGGUUGCAUUCGUUGCUCAUACCAACUAGGACCCAUAUCAUUCGGCUGAACGAUAUGAACAAGAAAUCGGAUGGUAUACAAGAAGAUACCGCUCCAUCGGCUCACUACGUGAACUGCGUCGUGCAAUGGAUCGUGCAGGAACUGGAUCGAACAGAAUAUCCUGAAGACUAG